AUGGUGUGCCCUCCCGAUGGCAUUGGCCUGGCCAAGUACUACACAGAGAUGGCCUAUGGCUCCUGCAUGAGGCAGGCGUCCUUCUUUGAGAACAAGAACAUCCUGUCCCUCGGGUUUGGCUACGCGGUUGUGCUCGGGCUGGGGCUCUUCUUUGCUGUCUUCACAGCAGCUUUGGUGUGGCUGGAGGAGCGGUACAUUGGCACAGUGGCCUCAUCUGAAUGUCUGCAGUCAGCAAACGUUGCGUGGAAGUUUGGACAAACGGCGCACCUUGUGUUCCUCUUCUUCUGCUUCAUGACCAACUGCAUCGUCACGUCCAUGCUCCUGCUGGGAGGCUCCUCUGUGGUCAACGCCCUCACUGGGAUGAACAUCUACCUGGCCUGCUUCCUCAUUCCGCUGGGUGUGAUCUUUUACACGCUGUCUGGCGGUCUCAAGGCCACCUUCCUGGCCAGCUACACCCACAGCAUCUUCAGUAAGGCCCACGGCACUCCUCCUUGCAGCUCCUCUGGGAAGAUCCCAAAUCCAACAAUCUCCAUUUCGCGAACGGACUCGAACACGCCUGAAGAACUCGACACACGAUGUCUACAAUCAUCGGCUGCAAGUUGUCCUUGUGCAGCUCUUCCUCGAGGACCAACAGAAGUGCAGGACUCUGUUCUUGACGCUAACGGCCGCCCUUGCGCCCCCCGUUAUUGCAGUCCACGUGGCGCUGAUGAUGUGUACACCGUGUACACAUCAUGUGUACACAUCAUCGUGUACACCACCGACUCCGACCUGGGCAGCCCCAAGGCCGUGUACAACGCGCUCAAGGCGGUGGCCAGCAAGGACCGCGUCUGCACCGGCAUCCCUGACGGCCACAAAUGCGGCCCUGUGGCCGGCAACUACAAGGGCUCCUACCUCACCAUGCUCUCUAACGGAGGCCUCGUAAGUUGGCCAGGCCUUCCCAGGCCAGCAACAGCAGGCUCAAAGCCGGCACAGCAUGAUGAGCAGGAUGCCGGCCCCAGUCUUGCCCAGCAGGUGGGUCGCCGCAGCGGGCGGAACCAGGCCGGCGCCGGCUUCGCUGACGGUGAGGGGCAGGUCGAGGGCCAAGGCGGCCAGGCCCAGGGAGGACGCCAGGGAGAAGGGCACACAAAACCAGACAAGACCGCCCAGCUGCACGAGAUGAAAGGAGGAGAGCGGUCGGGCGGAGGAAAAGGGGAACCAAGCGUCAUGUGCGGUGGAGAGCCUGUCAGGGCUGUGACGUCUUCCGGUUCCGCUGAGCUGAUUGCCGUGAGCUCCCUGAUGACGUACGACAUUUACCGCACCUACAUCAACCCCAAGGCCACCGGCAAGCAGAUCCUGGCGUGCUCGCGCUACUGCGUCCUCGGCUUCGGGAUGUUCAUGGGAGUGCUCGCCAUUGCGCUGUCAAAGGCCGGCGUCAGCCUCGGCUGGAUGUACGAGGCCAUGGGCUGCUUCAUCGGGUCCGCCGUCAUCCCGGUCGCCCUGCUGCUGCUGUGGAAGAAGGCCAACGCCAUCGGCGCCAUAGCGGGCUCCCUCAUCGGCAUGGUGGCUGGCGUCAUCACCUGGCUCGUCGUGGCCCAGGUGCACAACGGCACGCUGGACCUGUACACGACGGGCAAGGACGGCCCCAUGCUGUCGGGCAACCUGGUGGCCAUCUUGUCGAGCGGCAUCAUCCACAUCGGAUGCAGCCUCGUUUGGCCUGAGGACUUCGACUUCGAGGCGACCAAGGCGAUCACCAUGGUGGAAAACGAUGCACUGAAUUUGCCCGAGGAGGAGUUUGCGCCAGAGCGCCUGAGCCACGCCAAGUGGUGGAUCAUCAAGUGGGGCUGCUGUUUCACGUUCGUCAUGCUCGUCCUGUGGCCCCUCGCCACGCUCCCCGCGCGCGAGUUCAACCUCGGCUACUUCACCUUCUGGGUGACGAUCGUGCUGGGGUGGGGCACCAUCGCGUCCGUGGUGAUCAUUGUGCUGCCGGUGUAUGAGUCGUGGGGGGGCAUCAGCAUCGUGCUCAGCGGCCUCUUCACCUCCGACAUCAUGUACAAGAAGAUCGAGGCCCUGGAUGCCAAGAUCGACGCUAUUCUACGGUCCAAUCCCGAGUACGAGAAGGCCUACACGCACGUCAAGGCCAAGGAGAUGUCGCCGCCCCCCAAGGAUUAG